AUGCUUUCCAACAGCUAUUCAACGCUGAUAUACAUCGCGAGUGAAGUGGCGUCGGGCAUUGCCAUUCGGUGGGCCAGUCCUGAGGCCCUAAUACACGGCAUAUUCACCAAUAAGUCCGAUGUCUACUCGUUUGGGAUCACCUUUUGGGAGAUAUUGACGUAUUGUUCGCUCAAACCCUACCACCAUAUGGACGACCAGUCUUUCCUCAAACAAUUUGUCUCUAUUCACGAACAGACGGCUGAUAUUGACUGCACUAAUAAAGCCAUUUACUACCAGCCCUUUACCACCGAUGUCAUCGAUGGACAGAGACUCAUGGCUUUGCCCCGACCUGAAGGCUGUCCGAAGGAGAUAUACGAUCUGAUGUUAGACUGUUGGCAGACAAAUGUUGUCUCCCGACCCACUUUUAGAGAGAUUUCACUGUUUCUUAACCGCAAGAUAAUUGGUUUCAAAAAGCCAGCACAUUUUGUAUGAAUUUUUUCACCAAUUUAUAUAUUGUAUGAUAUAUUGUGUUAAAUAAUGUAAUGUCUGAUGCCUUAAAUUCAAUCAAUUAUUUCGACAUCAACUCAAACACACGAUUUUAGUUGCAUUUUAUGCAACAAAUUAAAUAUUUUUUUGUAAAUAAAAUAUGAUCAUGUGUAUUUCUAAUGAUUCUUAUGACACAAAAUAAAGUUUAAUUA